AUGGAUCAUGUUAUGUAUGCUAUUAAUUGUGGUGGUGAUGCACAUACAGAUGCAAAUGGAAUAAGAUAUCGUAAAGAUUAUCUUAAAUCUGGUAUAACAUCUGAUUAUGGACGUAAUUCAUUUAUAAGUCGUGUAUCACGAGAAGAUAUGGCACUUUAUCAAACUGAACGUUAUGAUUUAAACAGUUUUUCAUAUGAAAUCGAUCUGGUUGAUGAUGGAGAUUAUGUACUUUGGAUGAAAUUUGCUGAAGUUUGGUUUAAUGCACCAAAUAUGAAAGUAUUUCAAGUACUUCUUAAUAAUGAACAUUCUGUUAUUGAUGAAUUAGAUAUAUUUGCUAAAGCUGGUCGUGCAACAGCUCAUGAUGAAUAUAUUCCAUUCCAAAUCAAAAAUGGUCGUCUAGUUGUUAAAUCACGUAGUUCAUCGUAUUCAGGAAAAAUAAAAGUUACUUUUGAAAAAUUUGAUAAUAAAGAUAAUCCAAAAAUUAAUGCAAUUAUUAUAUGGAAAGGAUCCGUUGAUCAAAUUCCAAAAUUACCACCAAAAUCUGAAUCAGAACAACCUGAAGUAGAAAAAGAAGUAGAAGAUGAAAAACCAACUAAAGCUGCUAAAGUAAAACGUACUUUAAAACCAAGUGGACCAACAGUGCUUGAUCCAUAUACAGACGAUCAAUCGAGUUCAUUAAUGCCAUUAUUUAUUGCAAUAGCUGCUGUUAUUCCUAUCAUUUUUUGUUUAUGUCGUUUUUAA